UGCGGAACUUCGUUGGACUUUCAACUACUUUUUUUUAUAAAUAAUAAUGAAACAUGUGGGCCAUGUUCAAAUAUCAAAGUAUCUACUAUUGUUACUCGCCUCUUUGCCGUCUUUCAGACAACUAUCUGACUCAAUGUCCGUAAACAUAUUCAUCUUUCGAGUCAAUGAACCUAUUUAUGACUUGAGGAACCAUGUUGUAAGUUCCUUAUAGAUAUACUUAGAUACAACUGAUACACAUAGGUAUGGGAGGAACAUAAAAGGAGGGGUCUAUUGAGAUAUUUGACAGAAGCAUGAGAGAGAAGAGUCAUACAAGCAAGUAUUCCGAGGUCCGAAUGACGCGAUAGACGCAAGAGAUAAAAUUCUUUUCCCGAGACGAGGCUCCGUGCAAGCAGAACAUUCGCAAGGAAAACGCGUGGCAAAAACGGAGCCCCUUUUAUCCGGAGUAGCGUCGUUCAAACCAAAAUUGCGCGGAACUUAAAAUCGGAAAAUUUGUAUUUGAACGAAAGAGCUGAGUGGAGGGGUAGCUGUGGUGCAGCGAAGGUGGGAUGGCAAUGGUAAAUCACCGUCGCCGUCGAGAAGCAAACGUCAGUUAGUCAGUGCACGCCGCAAGUAUUCGAAGGGAAGUUCACGCGGGAUCACACUCGUGUCUUCAGUUUCGAGCUGGCACUUGCUCAAGCUAGUUCCCACGUAUCUCUCGUCGCUGCCUGAUUUUGCAUAGCGCUUUUUUGCGGCAAAGACACAAUGGCACGCUUCUUCGAGAUAUACGGACGGUUCUGCGCCGGUCAUCCUGUAGAGGUGAUCGUGGCGACCUUCACUUUGACAGCGUGCAUAUUCAACAUGGAGACAGGAAACAGUCUGCUGCGCGAAGGAAGUUUACUCAACCUUACGCGUUGUCGUCACGGCAAAUGCGAUAGUGACGAACAGAAAGCAGUGGAUAUUAUACUGAGGACGAUAAUAUGCUGUUUUAAUAUAUUGUUUACCUAUUACCUGUUUCGUAAUCUACAAAAAAUAGGACCCAAAUAUGUUUUAGGUAUCGCCAGCGUCUUUACCAUAUUCUCCAGCGUGAUGUUUACUAGCACUUUAGUGAACUAUGACCGGGCUAACACUUCUGACUUGAAGCAUGUUCUAUUCUUCUUCCUACUUCUGAUUGACUUCUCGAAGGCCUGUACGUUAGCCAAGUACGCACUGAGUUCGAGAAGUCAGGAGGAAGUCCGAACGAACAUUGCACGCGGCAUGUCGCUUCUGGGACCAAGCAUCACUCUCGACACUAUCGUGGAGUUUCUUCUCAUCGGCAUAGGAUCGUUAUCGGGCGUCAGUAGGCUAGAAGUCAUAUGCACCUUUGCGUGCUUAGGCGUCAUCGUCAACUACAUUGUGUUCAUGACGUUCUACCCGGCGUGUCUGUCGCUUAUACUGGAGCUUUAUCGCAGAAAUAACAGUAUGGGGCAACUGAGCGUGGACAAGAGGUUUAUAAUGCAAUUGUUGAACGAGGAGAAUCAAAAGACGAACCCCGUAGUACAACGCGUCAAAACGAUUAUGAUCUUCGGCCUAUUUAUGGUGCACACCAGCAGCCGUUGGCCUUUCAAGACUGAAGAGCCCGAACACACAGCGGAAGCAGUGGCAACAUCUGUAAGGGCAGAAGUAACGAAUGGUUCAUACAAGACUGAGAACUCCGAACUGACCGGACAUUUGUUAAACAUGCAGACCGUCAAGCCGGAACACUUUGUGAUAAUUAUUCUAGCGCUGGCGCUGUCGGUCAAGUUUAUUUUCUUAGAUAGAAAUGACGAAGAGACAGAAACGGAGGAGAUAGAAGCGGAAAUCGAUGACCUCGCUUCGGAUGACACGAAUACAAUAGGCAUGGACAUGUCCUUGCGACGGCGAUUCAGAGAAAAAGCAUUACAGUCGACCCAGCAACCAUCAAUUUUUCCACUCUCAGGGAUUGGUGGUGGAUGGAUUGAAAAUGACAACGAAAGGAACGUGGAAUAUUCGGACAAGGAAGUACAAACUGAAACAAAUUUCGAUAAAUAUUUCGGUGCGUACGACUUGGCUAGCGAGAGCUCGUCGUCGAAGAUACCUGAAGUUCCUAGAAGCGUGAAAAAGUGCCUAGAAAUAUAUAAAUCUGAGCUCGGAGCUAACGCAUUGACGGAUGAAGAAGUGAUUGAGUUGGUAAAACACAAACACAUAGCUGCCUAUCAGUUGGAGAAAGCUGUGGGUGACAUGGAACGCGGCGUCGGGAUCAGACGCCUGAUGAUCGGUGCCGUCGGCAAUUUCACAGAGGAGAUAGCCGAUCUGCCUUAUAAGAACUACGACUACAGCAAGGUGCUAGGUUCAUGCUGCGAGAAUGUGAUCGGCUACCUCCCCGUGCCAGUCGGGAUCGCCGGACCACUGUUAAUCGACGGUGAACUGUAUCAUGUGCCAAUGGCGACUACCGAGGGCUGUCUAGUGGCAUCUACCAACCGCGGCAGCCGGGCGCUGAUGAAGUGCGGCGUAACGAGUCGCAUAGUGGCGGACGGUAUGACCCGGGGACCGGUCGUACGAUUCCCCAGUAUCGUCCGGGCGAGCGAGGCCAUGUCGUGGAUGCAGCAAGAGCAAAACUUCCAGGAGAUGAAGGACAACUUCGAUCAGACCAGUCGUUUCGCCCGGUUAACGCGGAUUCACGUGCGCAUAGCCGGUCGACAUCUGUUCGUUCGCUUUGUCGCGAAGACCGGCGACGCGAUGGGCAUGAAUAUGCUGUCGAAGGGCACCGAAAAGUCUCUGCAAACGGUACAGAGUCACUUCCCGGACAUGGAGAUAUUAUCGCUUAGCGGUAAUUUCUGCACUGACAAAAAACCCGCGGCUGUCAAUUGGAUCGAAGGUAGAGGCAAGAGUGUAGUGUGCGAGGCGGUCGUGCCGGCGGAUGUCGUCACGAGUGUCCUGAAGACAUCGGUGCAUGCGCUAGUUGACGUGAACAUCAGCAAGAACAUGGUCGGCUCCGCAGUGGCGGGCAGUAUAGGAGGCUUUAAUGCACACGCUGCGAACAUUGUGACGGCAAUCUUCAUCGCUACCGGGCAAGAUCCCGCACAAAAUGUUGGUAGCAGUAACUGUAUGACGUUGAUGGAACCUUGGGGUGAAGAAGGCCAAGAUCUCUAUGUAUCUUGCACAAUGCCUAGCAUAGAAAUUGGCACAGUGGGCGGUGGUACAGGCUUGCCAGCGCAAGCGGCAUGUUUAGCUAUGCUGGGUGUGAAAGGCGCACACGCUACCGAACCCGGUGAAAACGCCAGCAAACUUGCUCGGAUUGUUUGCGCCACUGUGCUCGCCGGAGAGUUAUCUCUGAUGGCUGCGUUAACCGCCGGGCAUUUAGUCAAAAGUCAUCUUAGGCAUAACAGGUCAUCUAUCGCAGUUAGUAACUCAAUGAACAUUAAGCAUAGUAACGCUGCUGAUGACAAGCUAACUGCGUCUUCGCAAUACCUUUGUGCGGACUUCCCACAGGAACACUAAUUCUUUUCUUCCGGGAACAGUUCUAUGGAUCAUAUGGCUCAUUAUAAAAUGUCUUCCGAUUGAAAUGUUUAAGAAAGCGAUAGAGAAACGCAGAUAUUUUAUCAAAAAGAUAUCAUACAAAUUUACUAUCGUUUUAUUAACAUUUCAAUGAUGGAAAAAAUUGGUGUACGCAUUGAAUAAUGAAAUAUUAGACAACGAUGUUAUUCUAAUGUAUAGCAUCAUAUUGUAAAAAACGAAAGUAGAAAAAAAAUAGAA